AUGGAAACUCGCCGCCGAAUUUUGGACUACAUCUUCCCUCCCGGCUCUCACCCCGCCAGACGAACCGCACCGCCGCCGGGCGCAUGGCUGUACAACAUUGGCGGCGGGCCGGCAGCCGCGGAUGAUCAGCACGGCGGCGGGGCAGCCGCGGAGGAGCACGGCGCCGCCGACGAUCAUCCCGCCGCGCAGGACGACGCCAACUACGAGGAGCCGCUCCCCGGCGACGCCGUGCAGCAGCUCCACGGCGACGACGCCGAUUCCGACGACAAUCUGAGCGGCCGGACAGAGAUCGGCGACGGGAUUCUCAUCAUCGACGGCUACGCCGUUCCUCUCGUUUCGGCCUCCUCGUUGGCAUCAUCCACCGCGCCCUACUACGUUUCCGCGUCUGCAUCGACCUCCUCGGCCGGUACACGCUACCUCCUCACCGCCGAAGAUGGCGGCCCCUUCCUCCACCACGCCGCCGACAGCCCCUUCGUCCUCCUCGCCACGUCCGCUCCAGCCGAACAGCAGCAGGGCGGUGCGGACUCGCCUCCUCGGGAGCCCAAUCCCGUCCCCAGCACCCGCGCCAUCGACCAGCCGCUCGUGGUGGCCUCUCCUGCCCAAAUCCCUCAGGGCUCCUUGUCCCCGACUCAGUCCGGCGCCCUUCCCGUCACACGCCUUGGCUUUAGGGGCUCGGGUUUGCAUGGGAAGUGGAAGGACUGAGAGAGAUUGAUGAGUGAACGCAUAUGCACAGGCCACGGCAGCUCCUCCUUCGUCGGUAACUGGUGUUAAUGCUACUAAGAAAUGCACGAAUCCAACGGUACAGGUGAUCUACCGUACAAAGACCGGAUGAAAAAUUCUAAGUACAAAGAGUUGCUCUGUAAACUGAGAUAUUUCGAUCCUGUACAUAGCAUCUGCUGCUGGAUUUAUCCUUUUUUCUUUCGAUGAAACACAUAUAACAGUGUGUCAUGUUUU